AUGGGGCGGUGUUGUGUACCGAAAUGUCGGGGGAAUUACGACAAUGGUCCCGAAGUUCGCUUGUUUUCUUUUCCGAGAGACGUUAAGCGAAUAGCGGAAUGGCAGCGGGCUGUCCGGCGGCGCGACGUCGACGUGGGGCUGUUGAAGGACCCCAAGGUUUGCGAGCGUCACUUCAAACCGGAUCAUCUGCGUACAACGUCCACGUAUACGGACUGCGAUGGACGAACGAUUGAAGCUCCCAUGAAGUUGACGCGGCUAACUCCAGACGCCUUCCCAGCCAUUUUUCCUGACUGUCCUUCGUAUAUCUCGGAUGCGCGCAAGUCUCGAGAAGAGCCUGAAGUGAAAAGAAAGCGAACUGAAAAUGAGCAACUCCAAAAAACCAUUCAAGAGUCCCUAACAGCGUUUGAAGAAGAAGAAAAACAGCACAAAGUUCACAAUCUCUGUGAACUGAUUUCUCGUGUUAACGAGCAGCGAGAUAGGAAGUUUUGGUGUACAACAGCAUGUGAGACGUGCCUCAUCUUCUUCGCCCACAUCGAACCGGCAUUGCAAGCCCCUGAGCUGCUUGUGUCUGUGGUAGUGUCACAGGAUCUCUCCGUUCGCGUGUAUUUUAAAUGCGCUCCGUUGGUGUCGGAUGAUGUGUGCAUUCCUGGCGAUGACGUUCGUGUGCGUGAGACGUGCCUCAUCUUCGCCCACAUCGAACCGGCAUUGCAAGCCCCUGAGCUGCUUGUGUCUGUGGUAGUGUCACAGGAUCUCUCCGUUCGCGUGUAUUUUAAAUGCGCUCCAUUGGUGUCGGAUGAUGUGUGCAAUCCUGGCGAUGAGGUUCGUGUGCGUGAGACGUGCCUCAUCUUCGCCCACAUCGAACCGGCAUUACAAGCCCCUGAGCUGCUUGUGUCUGUGGUAGUGUCACAGGAUCUCUCCGUUCACGUGCAUUUUAAGUACGCUCCGUUGGUGUCGGAUGAUGUGUGCAUUCCUGGCGAAAUCCGUGACGUUCGUGUGCUGGAUAACCUCCUGGACGACGUGGAGGGCUCUAUUGAAAAGAAGACCCAUCAACAGGAGGACAAGGUAGGAAGAAUGCUUGAACUGGCUUUCUCAUUGCUCGAUGACAUUUGUGACGAUGAGUUGCAUGAUGAUGAGAGGGCUGACGCACUGAUCUUCCUGAAGGAACAGUGUUAG